AUGAAAAACCUGUUUAACAAAGUAGAAAUAAGUUCAUCAUGCUGCUUAGGAAAGAAAGACAAGAAGGAUAUCAAUAAGAGGCUGGGCUAUGAACUGCUGGAGAAAAAUGAAGCAUAUAUGAUUCAUAGAUGCAAGAACAAGGUAUCUCUCGUAUCCUUAGGAGGAGUGGCAAUCUUAUUCUUCUUUAAUAGAAAGUAUUUUCCAACUAUAAGAUAUCUUGAGAAGCAUGAUUCAGAAUUCCAUGAAAUAUUCCUAGACGAUGGAGCACUUGGACCUUUGUGUAGGGGAGCUGAUGUUAUGAUCCCGGGUAUACUUAAGUACAAAGAUCUUAUAAAAAAAGAGUUUGAGGCAGGAGAUACUGUUGUUAUUCGGAUUGUUGGGAAGUCUAUUGUAGCGAUUGGGGAAGCAGUUAUAAGCUUGCAGGAGAUGGUUAGUAAGGGCAAUGGGGUUGGUGUAGAGGUGUACCAUCGAAUUGGAGACGAAUUAUAUUGCGGAGAGUGGGCUUAG